GAUAUAUAGGCUGGUGGUUGGUGCUUCAUGCAACAGAGUCAAGAGUUGUUCUGCAAGUUAAGUUGAGAGAAAGUCAACUUCUUGUGUUUUGCACAGAGAUCCAGAGAGAUAUUUAUAUAUUUAUUUUAUUUUUACUGCCGGGUGAUUACCAUUGAAGGGGACCAUGGUUAUGUUGAAGAUCUCUGCUUUCCUCAUUGCCUACGCCCUGGUCAUCUGCCAGAUGUACUGCUCACAAGCCGCCCCUGCCAGACCAGGUUUAGAGUCAAUGUCAGACCGAGUCACGCUCACGGACUACGAGGCGCGAAGGUUAUUGAACGCCAUAGUCAAGGAGUUUGUACAGAUGACAGCAGAGGAGCUGGAACAGCAGGCGACUGAGGGAAACAGCAGCGUUACAGCACAGAAGCGAGCCUGCAACACGGCCACGUGCGUGACCCAUCGCCUGGCGGACUUCCUCAGCCGAUCGGGGGGAAUGGGCAACAGCAACUUUGUCCCCACCAACGUUGGUGCUAAGGCCUUCGGCAGGCGAAGGAGAAGCAUCCAGAUGUGAGCACUCUCCGAAAUCUUCAGGAAAAUGAGGCGGAAACCUGAAAAGAAAAAAACCUGUGAACAAAACUCAACAAACAAAACUACGCAGAAAAAUGCUGAACUUGCCUUUCAUCUUCUCUCUCACAUUCUUACUGCAAAAGAAAGGACAUUUGUCCCCAUGAUCCAUCCUGUUAUUGAAACCUUUUUUUCUUUGCUUUUGGCAAAUAACAGAAAAAAUUGACAAAAAAAGCACUUUACUUUAUGUACAUGAACAAAAGAACUUAAGAAAGUAAAAAAAAAAUCAUCAACAUGGUUACUCCUUUUUAUACAUGAAUAUUAUUGGAAAAUAAAAUGAAAACAGCAGUGGUUAUCACUCUUUUUUCCCCACGUUUCACCUCAUUUGAACACAUUUCUAGCGUUGACCCCAGUCUGAGAUUCAGAUCUCGACAUUACUCCCGCGCUGCCAGAGGGAGGCCAUUAAAGAUCAGCUUAUCCAACCUUUCACUCCACACACAACGGCUGUUGUCUUGUGCCUUGAUGUAGAACAAUUUACAUGAACGUGAUUGUACAGCUUUGUUUCGAGAUGGCAAAGAAGACCCGAGUGAGGAAGAGGAGAAUGGUGAUGGAUUCAUAUUGUAAACAAUAUUGUGAAAACAAAAUUUCAGCAAGAUUAAAAUGUAUUUUAGAUACACUUUGGUUUGAGGUAAUUGUGUUGUUCUUCAAAGGUUUUUUUUCAAACAGAUGUAGAGAGAGAGCAAAUAUUUCACCCGGCGCUUAUAUUUGCACUCAUGAUGCUGAUAUGCUGUCCAUAAAUUAGAGACAAUGGGGAGAACCUAACAAGAAUGGAAUAUUCUGUGAUUUAUUGUUUGCAAAAUAAACAGUGCUUCCUGCUGACAAGAUGAAAACUUUAA